AUGGAGGUUAUCAAUAUCGCUGACCAGUUUCCUGAGGAGACAAAACGGGAAAUGGAGAUGGAACUAAUUCCAAAGCUGUUGACACAUCAGGAGCCUACAAACAGGAACAGAUUUGUCGUGAUACGCAAAAGCCUGGAAACGAAUAAACAAUUAGUCCUUCAGACGGACAAACGAGGAGCUACAAUGAUACUGGACAAAAAACAAUAUACCGAGAAGAUGGAACAUAUUCUACGAGACAGGUCGACAUAUCAGUUACAAGGACCCACCAAUGAAGAUCAAUGUAAUCUAGAGGGCCAUGCUGAAAGAUAUGCAUAG